CCGUCACAAAGCCAGGGGGAAGCCACUGAACCGGAAACUGCCGCACACAUGGUCGUGGAGAACGGUGAAACCGCUCAGGUCCCCGGCGGCGAGUGGAACGAGAAGAGGACUAGAGAGGAUGAGGGUGAGGAAGAAGCGUGCGUGUCGAAGAAGCAGAAAGUGGAAGAGAAGAAACCAUCAGGUCCCGUGAAUUUGGGUUUCAAAAGCUUCGCCUCUUCCGUGGAAAUGUUCGAUUACUUCUACAAUCUCCUUCAUGUUUGGCCUCCUUAUCUCAAUCUUAACAAGUAUGAACAUGUGAUGUUACUGGAAUUGCUUAAGAACGGUCAUAUGGAGGCUGAUAUAAAGGUUGGAGGAGGAAUCCAUGCUUUUCAAGUUCGGAAGCAUCCAGUGUGGAAAAGUAGCUGCUUCUUCCUCAUAAGGGAGGAUGAAUCUGUUGAUGAUUUUAGCUUCCGUAAAUGUGUUGAUCAUAUACUUCCCUUGCCAGAAGAGAUGCAAGUGAAACAUGAUGUGAACAGGGCAUUGGGGGUUGUAAAGCAUCAUCGUGGAGGAAAGGGUGGGGGUGGGGGUGGGAGAAAGGGAAGAUCCAGACAUUGA